AUGUCAACAGUAACACAACAGAAGGAACUGAGUCGUCUUGGCUCCAUUAGCCUUGGCUUGUCCCUGUUUGCGUUCACUUCUCUGCUAAUUGGCGUUCCGGUGCUGUUUCUCAUCAUAAAUGAUGUGGACCUUUCCGUCAGCAGACAAUUUCACGAUACUACAUUAAUGGUGGACGGUAUUUGGAAGGAAGUAAUGGAUAUGGAGCAGGAUCAUAGCCUGUCUUGGUGGAGAAAUGCCAGAAGUACAGCAACUGAGGAAGCGAAUGGAGACGCAUUCGAGACGUUUUCAUAUGAAUCAGUUGAAUCGCCUGCAACAACGCCUGCAAAUUCUCCACUGUCUCACUCAGGUCCACCAUCUUACGCAGGUGGCGGUAGCUUUCCUGAACGGUAUGGGUGGUCGCAACCGCCCCGUACAUCCACGUCAAAUUACCCAAAGCAUCGUCCCCAGCAGUACAAUGAUUAUGAAAGUGGAGGAUAUGAGUAUUCUUCUCCUCCUGCACCUACGACAUCCCCUUAUAAGCGCCCAUUUACACCACCACAGUUUGGAUAUGGUUAUACAAAGCUCAAAUGCUGCUGUUCCCUUCCUAACUAUGACAAUCGCCAGCCGCUUCCGGUGUCCCACAAGUGCCCGGUGGGCAAUAAGGGUCCCCUAGGACCGAAAGGGCAAUCCGGUGAUCCGGGUACACCGGGCAUACCCGGUCAUGAUGGCGAACCUGCUUACGGCUAUUCACUCCCUUCUCAAUCUUAUGCUACCUCAGAUUUGGUCAUCACCUCGGAGCAUUGCCCUCCAUGUCCACCGGGCCCUCCGGGGCAUACUGGACCAAAAGGUCCUCCUGGUUAUCCUGGUUAUAAAGGCAUACGCGGCACGCCGGGUGCGCCAGGACUUCCCGGGCGGCAUGGGCCUUGUGGUCCUCAGGGUGAGAUGGGAAAGAGAGGCAAAUCAGGUCCACCAGGGCAGAAAGGAGUUAAAGGUAGUGAUGGAAUCCAAGGUAGUAAAGGAAGACCUGGUUCCGCGGGGCUGCCGGGAGCCAUUGGAGCGCCUGGUCCAAGAGGAGUGGCUGGUUCACCAGGAGAAUUCGGACCACCAGGAAAGGCAGGACCUCCAGGUCCCAGAGGAGCUGAAGGUCUGCCUGGCCUUGACGGAGUUGAUGGUGUCUGUGGAAGGGAAGGGCCGCAUGGAAUGGAUGGGCUUUAUUGCCCCUGUCCGAAUCGUAUUCAGGGCUUGAAUCGCCCUCCUUCUUCUUCUUCUGCUAGCGUAGAUUAUGGAGAUAUAACUGGUGGAGGUGGUUACUCCUCAAGCGGCUAUUCGUCAGGCGGUCAUUCCCCAGCUGAUUAUUCGCCUAUAGGAAUGCCAGUCUCUGUCGAGAUUGAAGCCCGUCCGCAAACUUCAUCUUCUGUAGGGAAUGAUUAUCGAGAAGUGGCUUCACAGAGGUUCGAUUAUGAGAGCCAGUCAUCGCAAUCAAGCAAUAAGCAAAACGGCUGGACAAGCUACAGUGCCUCUAGCAGUGGAUCAUACAAAGAAAAACGACGCCAUCCUAGAAGGAGAUUGCAUCAGCUGAAAAGUCAGAGCUGUCCAGAAGAAGACAAGUGA